AUGGCGGCGCAUAAUGGAACAAAACCGUCCCGCGUUGGACAGCCGUCUCUGAACCGAAGCGGGGAGCCUGCUUCUUCACUUAUUGCGGUGCAUUUGGCACCUCAUCUGGCAUCCGGAGGCAAUGGUGGUCAUACCAUUGAGCGUGAGACAUUUUCCCAAUUGCGCCGGGAAAUCCUGGGCCAGGACGAAAACGGCCAUGUCAACCUUGAUGACAGCCUCAGUGAUAUCCACACGCUCAUCUGCGUGGUUAUUAGAGCCGGCCUGGAACCAUUGCUCAAACGCCGGAAAUCAACUUUGCCUGAGGAUGACAUCCUUGGGCAGAUGCUGGAUUGUCUCGAUAUUGUGCAACUCGCCAUACAAAGGGCGCCGCAGGUCCUGCAGGAACCCUGUGACCCGGGCGUUUUAGGCGAGGAUACGGUACCGGCGCCCCUAUUUGCUUGGAUCAUUCCGCUUCAUAUAUCUCUACUCUGUGCAUGGGAUGAAAAAGCUGUUCGAGACAAGAUUUGCCGCGUGUUGUCAACCAUAUACAUGUCGCAAUUCAGGUCCGAUAGAUCAUGGCACUCAUCUCGCUCCAUCGUUUGGUUCCUUCGUGCGAGUGUGAUAGUUUCCAAGCGCUUACUCGGCAGCCCUUUGGUGGUGGUAAAAGCAUGUCUUCAAAUCUUAGAAGUAUUUAGCCACCCCUUGCCCUUACCAGCUUUUCAGUCACGCGCAUCAUUUAUUCGAGAGUGUCUCCUCUGGGAUCUGCAAUGCUACCAGAGGCUAUGGAAAUUGGAGUUUAGGUGGUUUGAACAGACAGGGACCCCGCAAGAAGAAGAGAGCAUCGUAACUCUUCUCACGAAUUUAAUCUUGCUGUCGAAAAAGUGCUUUUCGUGUUCGCAGCGGUUGAGUUUAGGUUUAAACCAGAGAAUGAUAUAUGCAUUGAUACAAAGCGGCGUUGACAUGUUAUCAUCACCUAAAUUACAACGCAGCCCUGACUUGCAGCAUGCUCUAAGCCAGCUUCUUAGCGAGCAUAUCAUAAUUACAAUGCUGGAAGGCAAUUAUUAUGCUCCGCUGCCGCAUCGGCGUACUUCCUCUCAGGCGCUCCUCCGGACGAUCAAAGAACUGUCCCAGCCUGAAAACCGAACCGGCACUGGCACCCCCGACUCAGAAAGAGCCCGCAAACGGCUUCGCCUUUCGGAGAUGGAAGGAAGUAAUAGUAUCCCAAACACAUCACAGAUGGUUUUAAACACUAUAUGCAACGUUAUUGGGUCAGUUCCAGCCAGCGAACUUGAACUUAUGGAUCCUUCUAUAACGGAUGCUUUCCCCGAGCUUUCAACUGCUGAAAAAGGCAAUACCUUGCUCCUCCUCGGCCGCCUUGCUUGUUCCUGGUCUGGCGGCCUAAUAUUGGAGGAGCGUACAGCGAUAUCUGACACCGUAUAUGGGUGCAGGGUUUGCGACACCGACGAAUGGAAAACCAAGGACACCUUUUGCGAACAAUCAAAGUUCGAUAGAUUGCGCGCAAUGGUAGUUAGCUUAAUUCCGGCACUCCAUGGUUCAGCGGAAUGCCGUAUAGCAGGAAUGCUGGCCUUGCGAAGACUAUUGAUCCAUGACCCCAAAAGCGAGGAUGUGCAACUCGGAACCGGGCCCUAUGGAGAAUUUUGUUUACAGUCUCUUCGUAGCUCGAUACGGGAACUUCGGAUAGCCGCAGGGCAAACUCUGCCAGUGUUUCUACGAGGACCACUUGAGACAGACGCACGCCGAAAUAAUUUCGUCAUAGCAUUAGAAUAUUUACAACGACUUCACGAGAAAAACGAGUUGUCCGUACAGGAAACAUGUAUUAUGGUUCUAGGACGCAUUGCGGAGAUGUCUGGUGACGAAGAGAUGAAUAUUGUUCUUCUCCGCCUCUUGGAGUAUUUGGGCCAUACAAACCCGUUCAUUAGUGGAGUGGCAUACUCUGAACUAAUGAUCGAAGUUGUCAAAAUUGGCCCAACGUCUCGGAUUGACGCCUGCUGCUCUUUUCCGGCCAUUUUGGAGAACGUUGCCCGGCCCCAUAUGGUAGAUCUCUUAUGCGACUUGAUUGGAAUGAAAGUCGAUAGUUUUCUACGCUUGACAGAAGUACACGUUUUGCCGUAUCUUGUCCUGAUGCGCAAAAAGGAUAUUAUAGCUAGGAUUGUGCGAACAUACGAUGAUAAAAGUGUCUUUAGUCUUUGCACCACCAGAGCCAACAUCGCAUCCAUUCUCUCUCUUCUACUAACUCAGCAGUCAACUGAUUUGGAAACAACAAUACCUACCAUUCUCAGUGAAAUAUCCCCGGAUUUCAAAGAUUUGCGCGUCGCGGAUUUAAUCAGAAUGGAGCCGAUCCUGAUCGCUUGUGAGCUUUUGAAAGGAAUUGGUGACUCGGGAGGCAAAGAAUCUCAGCAUCACCGGGCACUGGAACUCGUAGCGUCCGUAACACCUCGGCAGACGAGACACGGGAAUUCGUUCAAGUCAGAUAGCCCGCUGGUUGCCUUUAUUAAAGAGCAUGUCCUUGGAAUCAUCACUGAAUUCGCAAAUGUGAUAAACGAUUUUCAAAUACGGCAAUCAGUAGUUGAGAAGAAACGAAAUAUCAUUGCGAUUGGCCAAAUGAUAACCCUAGCUGGAGGUAAAAUAGCGAUAGCUUUACCACAAACUCGCGAAAGAGCAGUGCAGCUGGUUGAACAUAUAUUAACAAAAUACGAAAACCUUGUCGCCGAUACCUUUUCAACCAUGCCGUCUCUAACAUCGAUCCCAGAAAUGGACGGAUUUUCCAAAAAGAUCUUAGAGUUGAAGAGCGGAAUGGAUGUUCGCAGCCAAUUCGAAACAUUUUGUCUCCGAUGCCAGAGCGAGAACCAGGUCGUCGUUGAGCAGGCCCUCCAAGAGCUAGUCCCACACCUCCAAAAGCAUCAAGAAUUUGUCCAUCGCGCAGCCAUCAAUGAGCAACCGAAUCAGAAUAUUGCCGGCCAGCUGACGCGGGCAUUGCUCGAUUGUUGUGCAAAAUUCAACCCGGCUUCGCAGUCGAUCAUGUCACUUGCGGCCGAAGGCCUCGGAAUCAUAGGAUGCCUAGAUCCAAGCCGGAUUGAUUUGGUUAAAGAGAAGAAAGACAUCUUGGUCUUAUCGAAUUUUGAAAGAAUGGAUGAGACCACAGACUUCGUUUUGUUUUUCCUACAGCAUAUCUUGGUCGAAGCGUUUCUUUCUGCUUCUAACACGAGAUCACAGGGCUUCCUUGCCUAUGCCAUGCAAGCUCUCCUAGAUUGUUGCAACAUGGAUUCGGUCGUACCACCGCGUACUCAAGAUCUUGAAUCAGGCGAUGCAUAUCGUCGUUGGCUGUCGCUUCCGGAAUCUGCACGGAAUACUUUAACCCCUUUUCUCAGCUCCAAGUAUACGGUCACGAUAGGAGCUAUUAGCACGUCCUGCACUUACCCCCUAUUUUCUCCGGACAUGAGCUACCCAGAAUGGCUCCGCACAAUUGUGUUAGAUUUAUUGCAGAAAGGCAAUGACACAAACGCUAAAAUGAUUUUCACCAUCAGUAGUCGGGUUAUCCGAAGCCAGGAUAUUUCUAUCGCAUCAUUCCUUCUCCCGUUUGCUGCUCUCAAUGCCGCCAUUAGCGAUGAAGACAAUGUCCGCUCGGAGAUCCGAGGGGAACUUUCCAAUAUUUUGGAAUACCCUCUGCCAGAAGAUAACCACCAUGCCCAAGAGAACAUACUCAUGUGUAGCGAGAGUGUGUUCAAGGUAUUGGACUAUUUAUCUCGUUGGUUACAAGGAAGAAAAAGGGAGCUCACAAGCUUCUCUUCCAGCCGUGGCCGCAGAGAAUCGUUGAAUCGAUGGAGCACAGAAGUCAAGCGAGUGGAGGCACUACUGUCUUCAAUCCCAGCCGAAGUUAUCUCUCGACGUGCCGUCGAAUGUAAAUCCUACGCUCGCGCGCUCUUUCAUUGGGAACAAUACAUAAGACAGCAGAAAUCUAAAGCAGACAUGGACGCUUCACAGCUCGAAUCACUCUAUCAAAAAUUGCAAGAUAUCUACACGCAAAUCGAUGAGCCAGAUGGCAUUGAAGGUAUCUCCUCUCAUCUACAUGUUCUCGAUAUUGACCAGCAGAUCCUUGAACACCGCAAAGCUGGACGUUGGGUUGCCGCUCAAAGUUGGUAUGAGCUUCAAUUGAAUAAAACACCCGACGACACUGAAGUUCAGCUUAAUCUGUUGACUUGUCUGAAAGAGUCAGGACAGCAUGAUGUCCUGCUCAAUCAAUUUGGUGCUCUAAAAAUCACCGAAGCCACACUACCACGGAUGCUACCAUUUGCCGUCGAAGCAUCGUGGGUAACCAGUAAAUGGGAUCGGCUGGCACAGUACAUCCCAGACCGCUCUAAAACCGGGGCUAUGGAUUUUAAUAUCGGUGUUGGGUCCGCGUUGAUUGCAAUCCGCAAUAACGAUGAACAACUGAAAAAUAAAAUAAAAGAGUUGCGGCUCACUGUUGCGAAAGGGUUAACCUCAAAUUCGGUCUCUUCAUUCCAGUCGUGUCACGAUAGUAUCGCCAAACUCCAUGUCCUUGCAGAGAUCGAUAUCCUAAGCAGCAUCAAAACUGAAACCUCCCGUGCCCACGAGACAUUGUAUGACACUCUAGAUCGCAGGCUAGCGAUUCUUGGGGGCUGCAUUUCGGAUAAGCAAUAUACUCUUGGGGUCAGACGAGCGAUCAUGGAGUUAUCGCCGUCAUUUAAUGAGCUGGACGUUGCUUCAGUAUGGCUGGUCGUUUCCAGGCUCGCACGAAAGGCAAAUUUUACGGAACAGGCAUUCAAUGCCGUUCUCCACGCGGCACAGCUAAAUGACAAAUCUGCGACAAUCGAACAUGCAAGGCUGUUGUGGAAAGAGGGUCACCACAGGAAAGCGAUCAGGACUCUUGAAAGUGCGAUUGCGGCGAACACGUUUGUAUCGUUCGAUAAAAAUCCCGGAGAAUCCGAAACUGCUAGCACCGAUAACCAGCACAAACAGAAUAUGCUAACCGCGCGGGCACAUCUUCUUCUUGCUAGAUGGAUGGAUAGUGCUGGCCAAACUCAGUCAGAUGUCAUAAUUCAAAAGUAUCGACAGGCUAUCAAGUUUCACACACGAUGGGAAAAGGCGCAUUACUACCUAGGCAAGCAUUACGCGAAGAUAUUGGAUUCCGAGAAAGCCAAACCUAUUGGGAAAGAAGCCCAAAUCUAUCUAAGCGGCGAAGCAUCGAAACUCGUGAUUGAUAAUUACUUGCGCUCGCUUGCGCACGGGAACAAAUACGUAUUUCAAACUCUUCCCAAGGCUUUGACGCUCUGGCUCGAGCAUGCAGCCGUGGUGGAUCAGCCCUUUGAUCCGAAACGAGGAGACAACCAGGAGUUCCAGAAACACAAUAAAGCCCAGCGGAAAAAAAGUCUUGAUGAUAUGAAUGCCCAGUUUCGCAAAUAUAUCAACCGAAUUCCGGCUGCCCUGUUGUUUACCAUUCUGCCACAAGUCGUUGCACGUAUAUGCCAUGCGAACAAUGCAGUGUAUAACCUCCUAGCGCAGAUUGUGGUGAAAACGAUCCAUGCCUUUCCCCAACAGGGAUUGUGGACACUUUUGGCUGUUCUGAAAUCUUCGACGAAAGAUCGCGCAUCGCGCGGCUUAACUUGCCUUCAAAAGAUAACGGAGGUUUCAAAAAAACAAAAGUCCGAUAUGUCAGCUGCAGACAUUCGGGCAAUCAUGAAUCAGGGACAAAAGUUUUCUGAUGAGCUUUUAAAACUAUGCAGCGCACCGGUCGAAGAUAGGGUAGUGAAAGUCAGUCUCGUUCGUGACUUGGGUUUCAAUCACCGAGUAGCGCCUUGCCGACUCGUUAUCCCGCUUGAAUCAACUUUGACCCCUAUUCUACCCGCAAAUCAUGAGACAAGUUUUCUAAAAACAUUCCGGGCAUUUCCAAAUGACCCGAUAACAAUAGAGACGGUGCUCGACGAAGGACUUGUUCUUCUCUCAGCCCAAAGACCGCGAAAAAUUAGCAUUCGAGGCUCUGAUGGGAAGGUCUACGGUCUCCUCUGUAAACCAAAGGAUGACCUUCGCAAGGACCAACGUUUAAUGGAGUAUAAUAGUAUGAUCAACCGAUUUUUGAAAAGAGAUUUAGAGUCGAAUAAACGGCGUUUAUACAUCAAAACCUACGCUGUGACGCCCUUGAAUGAGCAAUGCGGUCUCAUCGAAUGGGUCGACGGUUUGCGGCCGUUGAGAGAGAUUGUUACCAAGCUAUUAAAGGCGCGAGGCAUCCUUGUCAACUACAACGAAAUCAGGCAUUACCUUGCAGAAUUGAAUUCUAGCGACUCGAAGCUCUCGCUCUUUUCAAAACUUCUGAGAAGGUAUCCCCCAGUUUUGCACGAAUGGUUUGUGGAGAUGUUCCCUGAACCGUCAGCAUGGUUUGCUGCUCGGCUGGGAUAUACUAGGUCCUGCGCUGUUAUGUCAAUGGUGGGCGCCUCAUUGGGGCUUGGGGACAGACACGGAGAGAAUAUUCUAUUCGAAGAAAGCACCGGCGGCAUACUCCAUGUCGACUUCAACUGUCUUUUCGACAAGGGCUCGACUCUCGAAAUACCUGAGCUAGUUCCAUUCAGACUCACCCAUAACAUGAUCGAGGCAUUUGGAGCAUAUGGGUAUAACGGGCCUUUCCGAAAGACCUGCGAACUCACCCAAGGGCUACUCCGUCAAAAUGAAGACUCCCUCAUGACCAUUCUUGAAACCUUUCUCCACGACCCAACAACGGACUUUAUCGAUAAAAAGAAACGAACCAACCCCCGUGUUCCUGACACCCCAGAGGCUGUUCUUGAGUUUGUCAGAAACAGACUUCGCGGCCUACUACCGGGGGAAUCCGUCCCGCUGUCCGUUGGAGGCCAGGUGGACGAAUUGAUUAUCCAGGCGACGAGUUUAAAGAAUCUAGCAGCGAUGUACAUUGGGUGGUGCGCCUAUUUCUAG